AGCUAAUAGCCACACAGACCUGGUUCGCUUUACAUCACAUCACAUCAUGUCUUCAGCUCCAAAGAAUCUUUCCUCUUCUUCGUCUUCUUCAAAACCCCCAAAAAUCCCCAUCUCUCGAAACCCUAACCCUAAUCCCAACCCUAAACCCAAACCCAGACCCGUGACGUUCUAUCGAGAAGACAUGGCUCUCGCACGCGCCUCCCACCUCACGCGCCACCAGCUCCUCCGCCGGCGAGCUUUCUUCCUCAGGCAACUCUCCCGGUGCUACAGAGACCACUACUGGGCUCUCAUGGAGGAGCUCAAGAUCCAGUACAAGCAGUACUACUGGAACUUCGGCGUCAGCCCCUUAAAAGAAAUUAAUAAUAAUAAUAGUAAUAAUAAUAAUAAUGAUAAUGAUGAUAAAAAUAUUGUAGAGGGUUCUGGUGAAAAUGUUAAUAAUAAUAUUAGUAAUAGCAGUGUGAAUAAUAAUAAUAAUGGUAAUAAUAAUAAUAACUUAAAUAUUAAUAAUAAUAAUAGCAGGUGUUUGUUUGUGGGUUGCAAAUUGAAGGCCAUGGCUUUGACAAGCUUUUGUCAUCUUCAUAUUCUCUCUGAUUCUAAGCAGAAGCUCUACAAGCCUUGUGAUUACGUCAUCAAGAGUGCUCAGGCAGGACCGAUAACUUGUGGAAAACCAAUAUUGAGAUCCACUGUGCCUGCUCUCUGUACGGUCCACUUUCAAAAGGCCCAGAAACAUGUCACUAGGGCUCUGAAGAAAGCAGGUCUUAAUGUUUCCUCUUCAAGCAAGCUUGCCCCAAAGUUCCAUGUCAUAGUGGCAGAAUACAUACGUCAAAUUCAAGCCUGAAGAAGAAAUGCUCUAAAUAAAAAUAAUACUAAAGUUGUUAUUAAAGAAGAAACUUAAAUGAGCCUCCUGGCUGGCGGUCGCAGACAUGACUCAAGGUCCAUGAGUGCUGGUGUAAAUUGAUGCAAAAAACCAAGGGAUAAGAGGGACGAGAUGCAACAUUGAUUGUUGGUUUUAUGGGAGAAACAGUGGAGCCUGACAGUGUAAUGGAUGCAAAGAAAGGAAAGUGAUUUGAUUGUUUGAUUUGAAAUUGGGAAAAAGAAAAAAGUAAAAGGUUAUUUGGUGUUCUGUAUGAUGGUUGCUGCUUGCAGAAAUGAUAUAAUGUAGUAAUUCUUCCUGUACAUCUUUUUUAAAUAUAUACCUAUGAUUAAUAAAAUUUGAUCUUAGGGGAAUUGGAGUCAGAAAGAUAUUUAAAUUCCGGAUGUCUAGAGUAGAGAAUGCCUGACUAUUUUUGCAUGAACUAUCUUGAAACUUAUGUCAUUAUAUAGAAGAAGAAACUCGCUUGGUGGGUUUUGUACUUGCAUUAAUUCUAGAAAUGCUAUUUAUUGCUAAAUACUUUAGUAACAUGGUUGAAUUGAAUGAAUUCAAGGGUCAUGUUUUUGCAAGAAGUUAAUUGGGUCAUGUUUUAUCCAAGUUGA